UAUGUUCAUGCAUUUUGAUUGGCUGUAAAAAGUGACAUUACUGUUGGUCCUGUUUUUAUGCUGAAGUGACAGUAGUGGAGAGAUUCUGAACAACAACUGUGUGAUGGAGUACCACCAAACCACUGGCACCCUGAGUGCACACUUCAGGACCAUGUCUCUGAAGCGUAUAAAGAGAUCAGACCGCCGUGGGGCAGAGUCAGUGACUGAAGAGAAGUUUACGGUUCUUUUUGAGUCUCAGUUCAGUGUGGGAGGCAAUGAACUUGUGUUUCAUGUGAAGACAUUAUCUCUGCCUGUUGUGGUCAUCGUUCAUGGGAGUCAAGACAAUAACGCUACAGCGACAGUACUGUGGGAUAAUGCUUUCUCUGAGCCGGGUCGAGUGCCAUUCGUGGUGCCAGAUAAGGUGCUGUGGCCACAGCUGUGUGAGGCUUUGAACAUGAAAUAUAAAUCGGAAGUUCAGAGCGAGAGAGGUCUGUCAGAAGACACUCUGGUGUUCCUCGCUCAGAAAGCCUUCAGCAGUUCCAGCAACAACCCUGAGGACUUCUGCAACAUGACUAUCACCUGGUCUCAGUUCAAUAGGGAGAGUUUGCCAGGCAGGAACUUCACAUUCUGGCAGUGGUUGGAUGGCGUCAUUGAGCUCAUGAAGAAACACCUGAAGUCUCACUGGAAUGAUGGAGCAAUUCUGGGUUUCCUGAACAAGCAGCAAGCUCAGGACAUGUUGAUGUCCAAACCAAAUGGUACAUUCCUUCUGCGCUUCAGCGACUCUGAGAUCGGAGGGAUCACCAUAGCAUGGGUUGCAGAAAACCCAAACAAAGCAGGAGAAAGGAUGGUGUGGAACCUGAUGCCCUUCACUACUAAAGAUUUCUCCAUCCGCUCUCUGGCUGAUCGGAUCAGUGAUCUGAACCAUCUGCUCUUCCUCUAUCCCAACCAGCCGAAAGAGGAAGUCUUCUCCCGUUACUGCACACCUCCAAACUCAAAAGCAGUGGGGGAUGGAUACGUCAAACCAGAGAUCAAGCAGGUGGUGAAGGUUGAGUUUUCUUCGCCCAAUCCUGAACCAUCUCCAGGGAAUUCCUUCAUGGAGCAUGCAGCAUCACCCACUGUCAAUCAACACCAUAACUUCACAAUCUAUCCAUCAAUGAAUGACUCCAUGUUAGACGCGGAAGGUGAAUUUGAUCUGGAAGAGACCAUGGACAUGGCCCGACAGGUGGAGGAGUUCCUUCGUCAGCCCAUGGAAACCCAGUGGAGCGGACAACAGUCAUGAUCUUUUAACCUUGUGAUCUCUUAUGAGAGCUACACAAAAACUCAGUGGUUACAUUCCAUAUUUUUAUCUUUACAAAUGUGAAAUGCUAUGUUUGUCAAAGCUGAUCAAUGGAUGCUUAACUGCCUUUGCAUUUUAUAUAUAGUUUGAUGUUUAAUUUCCCAUCAUUAACCCCCGAAGAACAAUAGACUAUCAGUUGCAAUAAUACACUUCUAUUUGACUGGAUAUGAGCGGCUUUAUUUUACUAGCACAGUGUGGGUUUGACACUUUCAUUGCCCUUUAUCUUGAUUGUUAUAGUCGUGUUAUAAAAAUCUUCUUGAUCAAAUCUUUAAGUCCAGUCACACAAUUGGCUAAUUGAAGACAUUGAUCUUUCAGUAUUCAGUCUUCUCAAUUUGUUCACCUACAAUUAGAAUGCUUUACAGUUGCAUUCAGGGUUGCCAGGCCACGAAACAAAACCAGCCCAGUUGCUAUUCAAAACUAGCCGUCACAUUUUCCCACGGUUUUCACCUGCUGAAAACAUAAACCAACGAGCGAGUUUCGCUGCCUCUCUAACAUGAUCCUGCAUGAGAGCAACCAAGGGGGACACAAUCAAAAUUAUCACCUUGCCGGACUUUGGCCAGUUUCUCGCUGACGAUCGGUAACAGUUGAUAAAUUAAACUCCCAAAACCUGUCGGGAGUAGGGCCACAAUAACACCUCCAUUCAAAAUGUGAAACAAAUACUCUUCUUGUUUGGGCUACAGUUCCAGUACAGUACAAAUCCCGGGAAUAUUGUCCAUAACAGAGUGAAUAGCAUCCCGUGUCUCCAUGUCCACUGUCGUUUUCGAUAUUCCCUAACCUAAACUACAAUCUUAAAUUCUGCGCUUACGCUUACCUUUGCAUCUAUGUCACAGCUCUCAGCCCGCCCUCUGUUCAUUGGAGCCGGAGGAAAUCUGGGAGAUGGUUUGCUAUCUCAGACUGAGUACAGAAGUUAACUGAAAUUAAGCAGAAUUACGAAGUCUGACGUAGUCAGGCUAGGACUUGGUAGCCCUGACUGCAUUUUGUCAUUUAUGCACCUUGUGGCACUACACAGAAAAAUGCCUAUUGUAUAACUGGUGCUGUAUGUUUAAUUAGUUUUCUAACGUCUUUAAUUGUCUACCAAACAGGCACUCCUGGCUAUCCUGGUUGACAUUAGUGUGGAGUUAUUUCUCCCCAACAUUAGUUACAGCAUCCCCUAGCAUUGGAGAUGUAUUAAAUUUAGCACGUAAAUAUCCAUGCAUUCCAAACCAUUCACACUUUCUAGAUAUUAGCUUAUGAAAUUUAAUUGAUAAUUUUUAGGAUUUGGGAUUGGGAAUCUUAGAUCUUAUUGGGAAGCACUUCCUCUAUCAAACGGUUGCCGAGUUAUGAUCUUUAUGUUGUGUUGCCCCCUAUGGGUGGAUUUUGACACAAUUUGUUGUGAAUUCUUAGGGUUGUUUAUGUGUACCAAGUUUAGUUAAAUUUGAUAUCUUUAGAGCAAACUGAAGAAUCAAAAAUCUUUCAAUAACCCUUUUUUUAUUUUAUGUUUUAAACUAGCUUCUUGUUUGAGGGUUGAAGGGUUGUUUUUUUUUGUUCAAAUAAUCUCUUACCCUUUCUUGAUGGGCAGAGACACAGUCAGCUAUUAGUAGGUGUGAACACUGUGAUUCUGCAGAGCUUUGUAAAUGUCACUCUGUCAACAACAUCAUAUAGCAACAUUUGCUCAGCCAGUGGCUUGAGUUUGGGUAAAUAGCAUCUCUGGUAAACAAGCAAUCAUGUUAUGGUGGUUGGGGUCUGUAUGUGUUUUAACUUGAAAACAUUCUGAUCUGUUAACCAUCUUGGCCAUUUUUUUAUAUCUGACUCCUUUCCACCCCAGAUACCUCAUUUUCCCUGAGCCUUGAUCAGCUGAGGUUUGUCCAGUUGUUACACCAAUGUCUGUUGUUAGCUUUCUAAUUUAAGCUAAUUUUUAAAUACUCUCAGAUUUCAUAUAUAUUUAUCUGAAAUUAGUUUAACACUUCAGUCUUUUGCUCUGGGUAAAUAUCUAUUAAUGGUUAUCAAUGAACUUGAGAGCCAAAAUUGUACAAGAUACCAGUUGUUUGUGAAGUUUAUUUUUCUUAACCUAUUGGCAAAUGCUUCUAUUAAACAUUUUAAGCCUUGCCUGUAUACCGAAAUGGAUUUUAUAGAUAUCAAAGCAAAUGACCAAAGAGCAAAGUUAUGUAAAUGUCAGUCAAGAUAAAGUCCUCCCCCCAAGAAUAGAGCUCAGGAAAAUACACAUCAAAUAGAUGUUUAAUAUUACCUAUGCAGACACAUAAUUUUAUCUAUCUAUAUAUAUAUAUAUAUAUAGAUAUAUAUAUAUAAACUAUAUAUAUAUAUAUUGACAAAUAGUUAUAGUUACCACAGUGCUAUCUAAAAAUAAAUAUACCAUUGCAAUGUCAAUGAAUUUUGCCUGAAUUGUCUUUUAGAGCAACAGUAACUUGUAACGCUGGUUUUAAUAUGUUCCUACUGUGGUGGCUUGGCUUUAGUGUCGGUCUUAUUUUUUUCUGUAAAAUCUUUUUUUUUUUUUUUUUUUUUUUUACAUUUGUACUUUUUCCUAUUGUUAGAAAUAACAUUACAAACAUUACAUUAUGUUCUAUAUGUAAGGGAUAAUGUCCAAUCUAUAUGUAAGGGAUAAAUCCUGUCAUCAUCAUAACUUAACAUGGAUGGGGGUUAUCCCUACCCCAGCACAAAGUGCAAGGGGUUGUCCUGGUUUUUUAUUUUUUUAUUUUUGUGGAAUGUAACGAUUUUAUUACAUGGCUACCUAACAAAUAAAAAUAUAAAUGCA